AACUCGUGGAAUUAGGAUAGGUCUAAAAUGUCCCUCAGCCCAAACCCAACCACACGUACAAAAAGCCGCAGAUGGGCUAAUACGAAUCGCGGCCCAAUGCCACUUCACACGAAAUCAGGCCCAAUAACUUCCUUUAAAUUACCAAAUUAGCCAUCAAAAUACACCGUGGGCUGAAUACGUGGAUACGCAUCAUCAGACCAGUGCUCUUCAACCAAUGCGAGCAGUACAAAGGUCCAGCUCCAGGUGUCAGUCCAUCACGCGGCCAACUGCAAUUUUUUCUCAGCCCGCCGAAUCAUCGAGGGCUGGUAAUGCACUAAGUCCACGUGUCAAAAUUUCGAAGCGAGUAUUGACCACGAGUGAACUCUCGCGAGUAUAACUCAAUUAUGAAAAGAAAAGCGAUAUUAAACCGUUUCAAAAAUAUCUCGCGGAAUCGCCUUUUUCCGAGUCCCGAGUCCCGACCUUCUCCUUCUCCGAGAGACAGUGCUCCUAUUUUGGCUAACAUUUUCUCUGAUUUUCCCGCCUCCCAAACGAAAUGAAACAUCUCCCUGCCAAUCGCAUCCUCGUUUAUCUCUGGUUUCAAGAUUCGAAUACGCUUCUCGAGUAGUAUUCGAUUUGGUGUUGAUCCCGUUUGCGGUGGAAUAGAAGGGCGAAAGAAUCUGCAACUUUGUUAUGGAGCAAAAGGCGCGGGAGUACUGUUCUGGUGGGCUUAAUAGCUGUGCUAAUGGCGAUGAAAGAGUUCUUCUGUGGGAGGAUGGACUGCCCGACGCCGAUAAUGUAACCCCUCUUUCUCAAUCUUUGAUAUCGCAGGAACUCGCUUCGGCGUUCCGGAUCUUGGCGGAACCUCGUCGGACUGUAUCGGAUGUUAAUUCGGCGUCGAAUACGACGCUACUGAAUAUACGCGAUGGAGAAUCGGAAGGAUACAGAAGUUUCGAGACGCGGGGUGAAGACGCGAUGAUGGUUGAGACGGACGAGACGAUUAAUCCAGUCGAGUCGGGGUCCGAUUCACGGAAAUUGAGGAAGGUUGAUUUGGUUGAAGAGGUGAAUUUAGCGCCUCAGGUCAAGAAUUUGACCGAGGAUGCGGCUGAGGCUCGAACCUUGAAGCGGCCGCGGCUCGCCUGGACUCCGCAAUUGCACAAGCGGUUCGUGGAUGUGGUUUCUCAUUUAGGGCUCAAAGACGCAGCUCCCAAAGCCAUUAUGCAAUUGAUGAACGUGGAAGGAUUGACUCGCGAGAACGUUGCCAGCCACCUACAGAAGUAUCGACUCUUCUUGAAGAGGACGCAGCUAUCCUCAACCACCGACGAGGCUCUCGUUCCGGUGCCGAUGGCGCAGAACUCACAGGAUUCUGCUCCCAGUCCCGAUGCACCAGGAAACGGGUGUUUUCCGGCUACUUUUCCGAUGACGUAUAUGCCAUCUCCGAUGAUGCCUAUGAUGUAUUUUGGUAUGGGAGCUCAUGGUCACGGUCUUAGUCAUACCAGCAUGCCAAUGGUUAACCUGAGCAACGCGCCGGCCCACUCGUUUAGCACGAAAGGGCAGCAAGAUUGAUACUAAUGGCAACCGACAAGUAGGGUUUGAUAUUGCACCUUACUUUCAUUAUGUUCCCAAUCCAAAAUCCGAACGAUAAAAUGAAGUUUGACUAGAUUUCAUCUUGA